UGUUAUCUUCAGAAAGGAAAGCCAACCUGGAUGUGCAGUGAUCUGGAAACGUCUUUGUUUUCCAGCGUUUUUGCUCAGAACCAAACGGACCUACAAGAGCCGAGAAGAAGUAGAUCACAGCCAGGUUUUCCAUCUUUCCACGGGUGAAAUGUUGGUCCUGAUGUUCACAGCUGGAGUCCAGCAGCUCUGCAGUCUGUAGGAGGAGAUUCUGCUGCUGCACUCAGUGGGACGGAGAUCGCCUCCGAGUCGCUGCAGCUCCACCCAGUCUGACAGGAAGCUGACUUCUCUGGAAGGUUGGCUCCGCCCAUCUGAAGAGAACUGGACCGGGCCACAACCCUGUGGGACUCCAUAAGUAACCUUGAAUGUGAAGAAGAAAACAAACUGGAAUCUGUGGGACAGAUUUAAAGCAGACCAGUUCUGUUCCAGCAACAUGUUCCGGUUUAUUGAGAGAAUUUUAUUCCCACUGCUGAGUUUUCCCUCUUCUACUCCAAACAUGGUUUCCAACAUGCUUUAAAAAUAAAAACUGAAAGUCCAUUUUAAUCAGACAAUCCUAAAAAAAAAGAGGUGCCACCAUUUGCAUCAAGAAGUGGUCUAGUUAAAGGCCAGCAGAUGCGCUGCAGACCAACAUGCUGCUGGGAGCCAGGCUGGGGCCCGUCUUAUGUUUGAAAGGUCUACCAAUCAGCUGAAGUUCUGGUUCUGUGUUGUUCAUGGUAUUCAUGUUCAAUAAAGAACAAUUCAACAGAUCAGAGGAAAUAUGGAGGAGAAUCAGUGGUUGCAGCUUCAGUUCCUGUCAGGUUCUCAGGAGCCAUUAGAUCUGGAUGUUUCUCUGGUUCUGUUCAGAUCCAAUCCGGGCCUCUAACGUCCCACUUCAUCUGUAAACCUCCACAGUCUGAAAUCAGCCCAGCAGCCUCUACCGGAGCUCAGUGGGUUCAUUUCUCCACAAUCAGAGGAAGGGGAAGACGGGCUGGGGGGAAGCUCAGGAACAAACAGGAAGCAGAGAUAAUGGGACACAGGUGGCAGGAAUUAGACUGCACCAGAGAGGGGGAGGGUAGCGGAAUCACUCCCAGCCUCAUCACUGAUCUGCAUGUGGAACAAAUUAUCCUCAUCUCUCCUCUGCUGCUGCUUUCACUCACAUGAACAUCAUCAGGCGUUUCAGACAUGAAUCAGCUGCUGUGAUAACCUCGUUUUUAUUGUUUAUUGCUGUGAGGUGAGCAGAUGAGCGUUUUUGGUUAGUAAAAGCCCCAAACCGGUUUAUUCCGGUCCAAUCUGCGGUUCUUUGGCGUCUCUAAAAUAUUGUUGACCCGUUUCUCCUCCUCCAAGAUGGCGGCGCCGCUGACGCAUCCCUCCGGAAGCUCUCACCCUGGAGUCCGGCGGAAGUUUAGCUGCUGCUAACAGUUAGCUUCCUUUGUGCGGCCCGAGCAGGCAGAGACGGUGGUUCUGUUGGACCGGAGCGGAACAUCCGAGCUGCGGCAGCAACAAUGUGUUCCGUCCAGCCUCUGAGAGACUUCAUCCGGGAGAGACUGACCGCCGCGGCCGAGGAGAUCUUCUCCGAGGUGGAGCGGACCAUCGGCCGCUUCGAGGAGGAGCUGGACGCGCAGCGCAGGCUGCUGGCGGUGUGCCUGAAGCCGCAGGUCCGGCUGCACAGGAUCGAACAUCUUCAGCACCACGUUUGUAAGGAGGAGGUUCUAACGGGCUACGAGAGUACCUGCAGUCUGGACCGGGCCGAACCAGAACCUCUACGCAUCAAAGAGGAGCAAAUGGAACCAAACCACAUUCUGAUCAGACCCGACCCAGAAGAACCAGAACCUGCACAGCUCACAGAGACUCUGCCGGAACCAGGAGCUCCACAUGUAGGAGAAGCUGCGGAGGAACCAGAACCUUUCCAGAACCUGGACGAUCAGGAGGUUCUGUCAGAACCAGACCGGCCACAGAUCAUAGACGACCUGGGAGAGUUAGAAUACCUGGACUUUGACGAGUACCUGGACGACCCGGAAAGUCCGCAGAUCAUAGAUGACCUGGAAGAACCAGAACUUCUAGAAACAGAACACGGCCUGGAAGAACCAGAACCGCAGAACAGAACCAGGAAAGUGGAGUUCUGGACCCGACACGAUGAUGAGGGUCUGCUGCUGAGGAAGGAGUUUGAUACCUUUGUGCCUCGACAGAGAAAAUCCAAACCUGAAGAACCGGUACCAGGUUCUGACAGCCUAGCAGAAAUCCAACAGAACUACAUCUAUGGGGACGAGGUUCUGGCUGAGCAGGAACAGAACUUCAGUCUGGACCUGAAGGUACCGGACCAUCCUCAGAUCAAACAGGAACAGGAAGAAGUUGGAUCCGGUCAGGCCGGCCAGAGACCGGAGACCGACAUCUUCAUGGUGACGGUGAACUACGACGAGAGUGAGCACAGCGAACCGGAACCCAGCAGCUCCCAGCAGUCCGAAGACUCCGACGAACCCAAACCGUUCGUCUGCAAGACGUGUGGCAAGAGGUUCUCCAACAUGUUGCUGCUCCACGACCACCGGGACACCCACCAGAAGGAGAAACCCUACUCCUGCCAGCUGUGUACGCGGCGGUUCGCCCGGCGGGACUCCGCCUUCCGCCACAUGAUCACCCACACGGGGGAGAAACCCUUUCCCUGUCAGAUCUGUGGGGAGAAGUUUGGCCUCAACAGCCACCUGCUUCGCCACCUGAGAAGGCACACGGGCGAGAAGCCCUUCUCCUGCCACAUCUGCCACAAGCGCUUCAGCCAGAGCAACACCCUGACCUGCCACGUCAGGACCCACACGGGCGAGAAGCCGUACCCCUGCAGGGUGUGUGGAAAGGGCUUCGUGAGGCGCAGCGCCAUGAACAUCCACAUGAGGAUGCACACCGGAGAGAAACCCUUCACCUGCAAGGUGUGUGACAAAACCUUCAGUCGGGGGACGGGGCUGAGCUACCACAUGAGGACCCACACCGGAGAGAAGCCGUACUCCUGCAAGCUGUGUGGAAGAACGUUCCGGCAGUCCAGCCACCUCAUGUGUCACAUGAAGAACUUUCACCUGGACUGGACCCGAGAGAAGAGGUCUCGAUCUCCGAUAGAGGAGGAGGUCUAGAUCUACCAUAGACAGUAGAGCUCUAGAGCCAUGAACAAUAGUUUGCAGAAUGAGUCAAACUGAAUCUGGUUCUGAUUGAACCCGGUUCUGAGACCAAAUGGUCUACUGGGGGCCCAGGUGAACCAGAACUCGUAUAGCACGUCAUCGUGCCCGUUAGGCGGUGCUGUUAGCAACAGUGUUAGCAUAGCUACCUGUGCUACCUUCACCACAGAGAGGGAGAUAUGGCAAACCUGUUUAUCAUAUAAUUAUGUUGGAUUCUUAAACAUAAUCAUUACUGAGUUGUUGAUGUUCUCCAGAACCUCCAGUCUUCCUGUUCCUUAAAAGUCCAGAUUUCUGUUGGAAGGAUCGACGCUCAUCGACCUCCAUGUUCCUCUGGACCCACCAGGUGAGCUCAUCGUCAGGUUCACCUGUCCUGCUGCUGAUCCCGUCUGAGCAUCACUACUUUGGUUCUGGUUCAGUUGGAUCCAAAUGAUCAGAGUGGUGAGCUUGUCGACUUCUAGCUGCAGAGCUCUAAGAUCAUCACUCAACUCAGAGAGACGGAAAAAUGAUUCAGAUAUUGAAAAGGUUUGAGGCUCAGCAGGAAGUUCUUCUACUAAUGAAAUGUUUCGGUGCAGAAAGGAGCCGUGGUUCCGGUACCAGACGGUGGAGAACCUCCAGUCAUCCACAGCUUAUUAAUGUUUGUAGAAAUAAAUGUAAAUAAUGACCAGCCCUGAAAGGUGGUCCAGUUCUCUGAACGGUCCCCAGAACCAGAACCGGCACAUAUUCAGGUCAGGGGAACCAGAGGUCCGAUUCUACCGGCUCCCUUGGAACCGACGUUUACACCUGCCGGAACCGCCCGAGGUGGUUCUGCUCUGCUGACACUAAUCUGACCAGAACCAGGUUCUGCUUCUGACUCGUUUACAUGGAUAUCUGGGUUCCUGUCUCUGAGGCAAAUGGACUGAACCAGAGAACACCAGAACCGGACUCACACAUUUUAUUUUAUUUUUUUUAUCGCCCCACAAGGGGUCUUUUGUGGGAUCUAGUGUCCGUUUUUCAAAGUAGG